AUGCCCUCCAAUAAGGAUCGGAUAUACGUUGCGCUGUAUGCACGAGGUGGCAGACCUACUAUGCCAGGGAAGGAGGACACGUAUCACUGGGCUGUGAUGAUAGGACCCAAAAUGGAGACCGAGGAUUCCAAUGGUGUCCGUUAUAACGCGAAGGAAAUACUAGAUCCGGGAGGAAACCCUACCUGGGAGUAUGAAGAGCUCGACUGUAAUAUGGGAGCUACCCACAUGUUGCUCAUUCGUAUCAUGGUCGGCAAGGUAGCGAAUGGACGUCGCACAAUCGAAGUCCUGCGCAAUACGCCUAUGCGACAAGGCGAGCCUGGGUGGAAUUGCGUUGGAUGGGUAAAGGAAGCGCUCGAAAGACUCAAGGCCGAUGGAAAGGCUUUAGGCACGAGCAACCUCGAGUGGAGCACAGUUAGAAACAAGGCGAUGGAAUAUUGCCAACACAAGAAGGACCAGCACCGAUUUGAUGGACAGGGAGACUUUGACAUCAGGAAACCUCCAACUUUCGAUUUGCUGGAGGACCGAGAGGUCAUCAUAUAA